AUGACUAGAGGAAAUAUUCGCUUUGACUUUUGUUCGCAAGGAGUGACCAAGACUUGCGAGAACUACCUGAACUGGCGGUUUGGCAAGGACGGUUGUGAUUUGUGGACCAGCAAGUUAACACUGUGGAACAAAUUUGUAGACGCCAUUCAACCCAGUUUUGUGUGUCCUUUCCAUCCAGGACACUACACUAUUACCAAUAUUACACUCGAUGCAAAGAAGAUGGAAAUGAUACCAGUGGAGGACCGGGAGUGGUUUGUCACCCUGCAAGCAUACGGUGACAAUGAGCAACCUUGGAUGUGCACCGUCUUCGACGUCAAGUUGUUCCGCACGGGGCGACGCAGGGGACCCAAGUAGCAAGGACUUCUGCGCCCACCGAAACCACCACAGGAU